CCCCAGCACUAACCAAGCGCAAGCUGAUUCGUCAGCACUUCUGUGACGUCACAAGCAAUCUCUAAAGCAGAAGCUGGUGACGAAUCCUGUACAAGCAGCCCCUUCACCAACUUUCCCUCCUCUACCCUUAAUCCUGGGGCGCAUGUUAGAUUGUGCAUUUGGAAAAGACCCUGAGAAGCCGAGUGGUGUGCGAGGGUCACACCGCUACUUAGCGGCGGAGCUCCGUCUCACCCAGGUCUUCUGAGUCCAGAUCCAGCUCCCUUUGUGCUGCGAACCACGAAUGGCUCCCGCAGCCUGAGCCUUGUCCCUUGCCCUUGUCACUUACUGGCUGGGUGAACCUUGAGCAAGUCAUUAAGCAUGUGGGCCUCUAUAAGAUGUGGGGACUGGAAUCCAACCCAGCCGGUAGUGCUUCCUCCCUUGGGAAAUUAUUCGCUCUAACCUCAUCAAUCCCUACAACUUGCUUCUUUGUGCACCGGUUCCUCCUAAGCUUUGAGGGCAGGGGCUUUUUGUUGUUGUUGUUGUUUUAUGGCUUUUGUAGUUUCAGCUCUUUGGAAUAGUAAUUUUCACACACAUGGUAGGCACAUAAUAAACAUUAUUCAGUUGAAUGGGAUUACAUGACCCUGCCCUAAAUUGUGUGAUUCUCUGAUCUACGGAAGGAGCUACAGUACCACUUACCACUACUCUACCACUACAAGACUAAGAAGAUAGAAAGUUAGUUAGGGUUUGAGGUCCAGGUCCCUUUGAACUCAGUUAUCCAGCUGCCUGGUGAUCUCAGCAGAGCAAACUUCACAAAGAGGGGCCAAUGACCUGUUUGUUUGGUCUCACUACUCAAUAUAUGCUCGAUUCCGUUGGCUCUGCCUCAGCUUUUGGCCGUGACCUCUUCCUGUUGGCCACAGAGAUUUCUAUCAGGACAAGGAGAGUGAAAAUCCUCAUUUCUUGUGGAUUGAAAUUCCAAAAUCUAUGUAUGUAACCUGUCAACUCCAGGAGGAACAUGGAAAAGAAAUAUCAAGAAUUCAUUUGCUGUGAAAGCAUUUCAGUGGAGCCAAAACUAUGCAAAUCAUUUAUCCAUAACCCAGAACAGAAAAUAUCCUUUUCCUGCUUUCUCACAAAUCCACAAUGUGGCUGCCUAAUGCAUGCAGAUGGCCAUGGUGAAGUAUGGACAGACUGGAAUGAUAUGUCCAAGUUUUUCCAGUAUGGAUGGAGAUGUACAACCAAUGAAAAUGAUUACUCUAACCGUACCUUAAUGGGCAACUGGAACCAAGAGAGAUAUGACCUUCAAAAGAUUGUACAACCACAACCUAUGCCUUCCCAGUUUGGUCACUAUUUUGAAACAACAUAUGGUACCAGCUACAAAAAGAAGCUACCUCCUCCUCGAAGGUUUAAACAAGAACCUCACUGUUUUCCUGGACAUCAGCCUGAGCUGAUUCCUCCUCAGUACAGACCUAGCACCAUAGGAAAGACAGAUUACAUGUUGAAUUAUUCAGCACCUCAACCCAGCGAAGGCUUUGUAUGUUUAUGUGUUCCUAAAGAUGGUCAGUCCUAAGACCCUGGCACAGGAAACAAGACAAGCUUCUUUUUUCUAGAGUAAAAUAUAACUGGGAAUAGUUAUCUAUUCAACACAGUUAAGAAUUUUGCUUUCUGUAGCAUAGUAAGUCUUCUCUUAAUGAAAAAUAAAGCCCUUAGGAAUUGGAAACCAA